AUGGCUGAGGCAAACCAAACGCCAACUAUGAAACCGCCAUCGAAUCGACACGAGUGGCUCUACAUACUCGAUCGUGAGUAUCCAACACCGGCCCAGGUAUCUCGACUGGAUGAGAAAAAUAUCAGGCGAGGCCUCGAAUAUUGCAUCCACGCGAUGGAUCGAUUUGACACGAUUUCUGGUCAAAAGAGCUGCUGGGUUUGGACCCUUCUAGCACUAUCUAGUGAGGUUGGGACGCUCGAUUCACAGAAAAUGAGUCACAUCCGAGAUUUAGGAAACAAAGCGAGUCAGCUCAGCACUAAUCUCCGCCAAGGGAUCAAAUGUCAAGACGUCGGAAACGAGGAAGGCCUACCCCAUGUCAAUCCGGCGACUGAUGGUUCAGACGACGACACUGAGGCGAACCAGACUGCCUUGCACGAUACCAGCGGAAGCGAUUACAGCCCCGGAGUGGGGAAUGCUCGACUUGGUGCCAGCGGUAACGUGUCGUCAGAAACACAUAACAACAUGCCGCCUCGAGCUACAGGUCCAGAAGCGUCAGACAUCCCAGCUGAUAUUGAAGGAAGUACUGAUACUAACACGGACGACUGUACCCUUGAGCUUGCACGUGCGCGUUUGCUCGCACAGCUCGGUGACAAUUUGGUACAGGCCGGUAUACCGACAUCUUCGCACCUCCUAGACAAGACAUGCCAAGAUCGCAAUGAACAGCUUGAUCAAAGUCCACAUGAUUCACAGCAGGAGACCAAAGUUCGCACUAUAAUGUCUCGGGCAGAAGCUGAGAGGCAGCGGCAGAUGAUGCGAAUUCAAAACUCAAAUAAGGAAAUAGCGAGAGACGCAGAUCCUCUCCAUAGUGAGUAUUCCUCUGCCAGACAUCAUGUUGCCGAGGACCACAGCUCAUGUCCGGUCGACCUGAACACCCGGGUGACAAUUGACAUGAUCUUGACUGUGGUCGCCGAGUGCUAUGGGCAAAGAGACCUGCUAAGCUAUCGGAAGCCGUGGUAG